GUAUGCAAGGGGUGUUAGUGAGUGAGCGAGAGACGGCGACGUCGUAUGAAAUGCCGGACAACAUCCAACAUUAGAAUACGGCUUAAUUGAUUGGAAAUACAUUUAGUCUUAAGUACAACUGUAAGAGGAAUACGACAUAUUUUAGUGUGUAAAGAGUUAAUUACAAAAUAAGGUAAUCCAUUUUUUUCGGAAACAACGGGAUCAUUCAAGUUCUACGCAAGAUUGGGUGAAAGCCGAAGAGGAAAAACUACUCAAACUACAUUUUCCCACACUGUGAGGUGAAAAUACAGUCAUAAUGUCGGGGAGUGAAGACGAGAGGGAUGAUUUUGGACAUACUGAAAAACGAAGCAUGAUUCAAGAUGAGGAGGAGCUGGAGGAGGACAUGUCAGAGGGCGAAGCCCCCAAGGUGAAGAAGAAGAAAAAGGCCAAGAAGAGCAAAGAGAGCAAGAGCAGCAAGAGGCAACGACCACGACGCGAGGACCCGCCGGUUAGCUCGCCAGAGCCCAUCGAAGGUCCUGAGCGGGAGGAGGUCGAGGAGGAGGCUGUUGGUGGCGGCGUCCGCUCGGACAGCGAGGGCAGUGACUACACACCUGGGCGCAAGAAGAAGAAGCGCGGUAGCUCCGCCAAAGAGAAAAAGAGGAGCAGUGGUGCCACGGAGCGCAGCGGAGGGUCUUCCAGUGCCAAGAGGAAAGAGCCUGCGGAGGAGGAAGAGGAGGAGGAAGACGAUGACGAUAGCUCGGAGCCUAAGACUUCAUCUCAGCUUCUGGAUGACUGGGGUAUGGAGGAUAUUGACCAUGUCUUCAGUGAAGAGGACUACCGAUCUCUCACUAAUUACAAAGCCUUCAGCCAGUUUGUCAGGCCCCUCAUAGCAGCGAAGAACCCCAAGAUUGCCGUGUCCAAGAUGAUGAUGGUGCUUGGCGCCAAAUGGCGUGAGUUCAGCACCAAGAACCCCCUGCGAGGCUCGGCCACAGCCACUGCCGCGCUGGCAGCUGCGAACGUAGCCGCCGCCGUGGAGAGCAUGGUGACUGAAGGACCGGCAGCCACCCUCGCACCCCCACCACCCCCCGAACCGCAGCCACCUCCAGCCCCACCGCUCCGCAAAGCAAAGACAAAGGAGGGCAAAGGACCUAAUGCUCGCAAGAAGUCCAAGCCAGCCCCCAAACCCCCAACCCCAAAGAAUGUAAAGGCUAAGAAGGUGGCUCCACUGAAGAUCAAGCUGGGAGGCUUCAACAGCAAGAGGAAGCGUUCCUCGAGCGAAGAGGAUGACGUGGACGUGGACAGUGACUUUGAUGACGGCAGCAUGAACAGCGUGUCCGUGUCGGACAGCUCCAACAGCCGCAGCAGCCGCUCCAAGAAGAAGCCCAAGCCCACCAAAAAGAAGAAGAAGGUGGAGGAGGAUGGCGAUGGCUACGAGACUGAUCACCAGGACUACUGCGAGGUGUGUCAACAGGGUGGGGAGAUCAUCCUCUGCGACACAUGCCCAAGAGCGUACCACAUGGUGUGUCUGGACCCUGAUAUGGAGAAAGCCCCUGAGGGCACCUGGAGCUGCCCGCACUGCGAGAAGGAGGGCAUCCAGUGGGAGGCACGUGAGGAGGGCUCGGAGGCUGAGGAGGAGAUUGAGGCGGCCGCCGAGGAGGAUGACCACCACAUGGAGUACUGCCGCGUAUGUAAGGAUGGCGGCGAGCUGCUCUGCUGCGACUCCUGCCCCUCGUCGUACCACAUCCACUGCCUCAACCCGCCCCUGCCCGAGAUCCCCAACGGAGAAUGGAUCUGCCCGCGCUGCUUGUGUCCGGCCCUGAAGGGUAAGGUGCAGAAGAUCCUUACAUGGCGCUGGGGUGACCCUCCACCCCCGACCCCCGUGGCCCGUCCUCCUGAUCUCCCUGCUGACCAGCCAGACCCUCCCCCACUGGCUGGCCGCGCAGAGAGAGAGUUCUUCGCCAAGUGGCACAACAUGUCCUACUGGCAUUGCUCCUGGGUAUCGGAGCUACAGCUGGAGCUGCACUGUCAGGUGAUGUUCCGUAACUACCAGCGCAAGAACGACAUGGACGAGCCCCCGUCCAUUGACUUUGGUGUUGAGGGCGAUGAGGAUAAGAGUGACAAACGCAAGAACAAAGACCCCGUCUAUGCACAGAUGGAGGAGAAAUACUACCGCUACGGCAUCAAGAUGGAGUGGAUGAUGCUCCACCGCAUUCUCAACCACAGUGUGGACAAAAAGAACAACGUGCACUACCUGAUUAAGUGGAAAGACCUGCCCUAUGACCAGGCCACCUGGGAGGCUGAGGACAUGGAGGUCCCUGAGUUCGACACUUAUAAACUGCAGUACUGGCACCACAGGGAACUGAUGAUGGGAGAUGAAGGAAGGCCUGGCAAGAAGCUGAAGAUUAAGGGCAAAAUGAAGAGGCUCGACAGGCCUCCUGAGAACCCAGUGGUGGAUCCCACCAUCAAGUUUGAACGCCAGCCCGAGUACCUGGACUCCACAGGUGGUACCCUCCACCCGUACCAGCUGGAGGGUCUCAACUGGCUUCGCUUCUCCUGGGCACAGGGCACAGACACCAUCCUGGCCGACGAGAUGGGUCUGGGAAAGACCGUGCAGACCGCUGUGUUCCUCUACUCUCUCUAUAAGGAGGGUCACUCUAAGGGACCGUUCCUGGUGAGCGCCCCCUUGUCCACGAUCAUAAACUGGGAGCGUGAGUUUGAGCUGUGGGCCCCAGACAUGUACGUGGUUACCUAUGUGGGUGACAAAGACAGCAGGGCUGUCAUCCGUGAGAAUGAGUUCUCCUUCGAGGACAACGCUAUCCGCACCGGCAAGAAAGCCUCUCGAAUGAAGAAAGAGGCACAGGUGAAGUUCCAUGUCCUGCUGACGUCGUACGAGCUGAUUACCAUCGACAUGGCCAUCCUGGGCUCCAUCGAAUGGGCUUGCCUGGUAGUGGACGAAGCCCAUAGGCUGAAGAACAACCAGUCCAAGUUCUUCAGGGUGCUGAAUAACUACCCUCUCCAACACAAGCUGCUGUUGACCGGAACACCUCUGCAGAAUAACCUGGAAGAGCUCUUCCAUCUGCUUAACUUCCUCACGCCUGAGAGAUUCCAUAACCUUGAGGGCUUCUUGGAAGAGUUUGCCGACAUUGCCAAGGAAGACCAGAUCAAGAAGCUGCACGACAUGCUUGGUCCGCACAUGUUGCGUAGGUUGAAGGCGGACGUCUUCAAACACAUGCCCUCAAAGACGGAGCUCAUCGUCCGAGUUGAGCUGAGCCCAAUGCAAAAGAAAUACUACAAGUUCAUCUUGACUCGCAACUUUGAGGCCUUGAACACCCGUGGAGGUGGUAAUCAGGUAUCCCUGCUCAACGUGGUGAUGGACCUAAAGAAAUGCUGCAACCACCCCUACCUGUUUCCCGCGGCCGCAAUGGAAGCUCCAAAGAUGCCCAAUGGCAUGUACGAAGGUAAUGCCUUGACCAAAGCUGCUGGAAAGCUGUUCCUGCUGCAAAAGAUGCUUAGAAAACUCAAGGACGGUGGACACAGAGUGCUUAUUUUCUCUCAGAUGACCAAAAUGUUGGACCUGCUGGAAGACUUCCUGGAAAAUGAAGGCUACAAGUACGAGCGUAUCGAUGGAAGCGUCACUGGAGGCAUGAGACAGGAAGCCAUUGACCGCUUCAACUCACCGGGUGCGAUCCAGUUUGCCUUCCUGCUGUCUACCAGGGCUGGUGGUCUGGGUAUCAACCUGGCCACAGCUGACACAGUCAUCAUCUACGACUCCGACUGGAACCCUCACAAUGACAUUCAGGCUUUCAGCAGAGCUCACCGUAUUGGCCAAAACAAGAAGGUGAUGAUCUACCGUUUUGUCACCAAGGCCUCUGUGGAGGAGCGAAUUACUCAGGUGGCAAAGAAAAAGAUGAUGUUGACCCAUUUGGUGGUGCGUCCAGGUCUUGGCUCCAAAACGGGGUCCAUGUCCAAGCAGGAGCUGGAUGACAUUCUGAAGUUCGGAACAGAGGAACUUUUCAAGGAUGAGCUAGAUGGAGAGAACAAAGAGGAGGACAGCAGUGUCAUCCACUAUGAUGAAAAGGCCAUUGACCGGCUCCUGGACCGCAACCAGGACGCCACUGAUGAUGAUACUGAGAUCCAGAGCAUGAACGAAUACCUGAGCUCCUUCAAGGUGGCCCAGUACGUGGUGAAGGAUGAGGAUGAGGAGGAAGAAGAGGUGCAGCGUGAGAUUAUUAAGCAGGAGGAGAGUGUGGACCCAGACUACUGGGAGAAGCUGCUGAGGCACCACUACGAGCAGCAGCAGGAAGACCUGGCCCGCAAUUUGGGCAAAGGCAAACGUAUCCGCAAGCAGGUCAACUACAACGAUGGCUCCCAGGAGGACCGAGGUAGUAGACGGGAUUGGCAGGAUGACCAGUCUGACAACCAGUCUGAUUACUCAGUGGCGUCUGAGGAGGGUGAUGAAGACUUUGAUGAGCGUAUCGAAGCUAACUCGCGACGACCCAACAGGAAGGGCCUGAGGAAUGACAAAGACAAGCCACUGCCCCCUCUGCUGGCCAGAGUUGGAGGCAACAUUGAGGUGCUUGGUUUCAAUGCCAGGCAGAGGAAGGCUUUCCUGAAUGCUGUGAUGCGUUACGGAAUGCCACCCCAGGAUGCCUUCACCACCCAGUGGUUGGUCAGGGACCUGCGAGGGAAGUCUGAGAAGGAGUUCAAGGCAUAUGUGUCGCUCUUCAUGAGGCACUUGUGUGAGCCCGGUGCUGAUGGCGCAGAGACUUUUGCCGACGGUGUUCCAAGGGAAGGGUUGUCACGGCAACAUGUUCUGACACGUAUUGGUGUGAUGUCACUGAUCCGCAAAAAGGUUCAGGAGUUUGAGGAGGUGAAUGGCCAGUGGUCCAUGCCCUGGAUGAUGGAACUGGAAGAGAGCAAGAAGGCAGCGGCCGCAGCUGCUGCUGCUCAGCCAGAGUCCCCAGGCAAGACCCCCUCCACUGGAACCCCCGCAGACACCCAGCCCAAUACCCCUGCCCCAGUUGGUGCAGAGGAUGCCUCCAAAACUGAGGAUGCCAACAAGGACGCCGCCGACAAAGAGAAGGAGCAGAAGAAGGAGGGAGAGGUAGAAAAGAACGGGAAAGAGACAAAGGGAGAAGAGUCAGAGGUCAUUGCCAUCCCUGACGAGGAGGAGAAACCUUCAGCUGAACAGAAGGACAAAGAGUCUGAGAAGAAGGAGGCUGACGGCACCACGGAAACCGACAAAGCCGACAACGGAGAAGAGAAGGAGGAGAAGGAAAAAGAGAAGGAGGAGAAGGAAAAAGAGAAGGAGGAGGGCGAGAAAGUAGAGAAGAGCGGAGAGGCUGGUGAAGAAAAGGCAGCAGUGGACAGCAAGCCAGAUGGGUCAAAUGGCAAGGUGGAAGAUGCUGAGGUUAAAGCUGAAGACAAAAAGGAAGACAAGCCUGAAAAGAUGGACACCACUCCUGCACCCGACAAGAAAGAUGCAAAGGAUGAGAAGGAGGUCGUGAAGACGGAGGAGCCAGCGAAGCUGCAGAAUGGCGACACUGCCACUCCAGGGGCCACUCCAGGGGCCAGCGAGGAGAAGAAGAAGACGGCCAAGACCCGCUUCAUGUUCAACAUCGCCGACGGAGGCUUCACAGAGCUGCAUUCCUUGUGGCAGAAUGAGGAGCGGGCGGCCACAGUUACAAAGAAGACCAAUGAGAUCUGGCAUCGUCGUCAUGACUACUGGCUUCUGGCCGGGAUCAUUCAACAUGGCUAUGCCCGCUGGCAGGAUAUCCAGAAUGAUGUGAGGUUCGCCAUCCUCAAUGAGCCUUUCAAGGGCGAGAUGAACCGCGGUAACUUCCUGGAGAUCAAGAACAAGUUCCUGGCCAGGAGGUUUAAGCUGUUGGAACAGGCUCUGGUGAUUGAAGAGCAGCUGCGCCGGGCGGCCUACCUGAACAUGACGGAGGACCCGUCCCACCCCAGCAUGGCCCUCAACACACGCUUCAGUGAGGUGGAGUGCCUGGCCGAGUCGCACCAGCACCUCAGCAAAGAGUCCAUGUCCGGGAAUAAGCCGGCCAACGCCGUCCUGCACAAAGUGCUGAAACAGUUGGAGGAGCUGCUUAGUGACAUGAAGGCGGAUGUCACCCGUCUCCCGGCAACCAUUGCCCGGAUACCUCCUGUCGCUGUGAGAUUGCAGAUGUCUGAGAGGAACAUUCUCAGCCGUCUGGCUAGCAGGGGCCCCGAGACACAGUCGCAGCAGGUAUCGCAACAGUAGCCUGUAAGGCUCACCCUUGACCUCCCCUGCCACCAAGCACCGCCCACCACCUCAACAUUCCUGAUUGGCACCUCAGAGGACAUCUCGCCUUAGCUUGAAGCCACACCCCUUUACCUAUAUAUGGACAUGCAGCGUUUCUAUUGGCUUUAAACAAAAGGCUGAGGAAACUAAGCUAAUUUUAUUUUUUUGUUUGUUUUUAUUUCUUUUUGAUUUUUCUUUAUUAAUAUUAUUGAUAUAAUGUUAUUAUGGUUUUUUGGGACCUAAAAUAAAAAUUCAAUAAAGUU